AUGGCUCAGCCUCCUACACAGGAUAAACUUACUCGAAUAGCCAUCGUCAGCAAUGAUAAAUGCAAACCUAAAAAAUGUAAGCAGGAAUGCAAGAAGUCCUGUCCGGUUAAUCGAAUGGGAAAGCUUUGCAUUGAAGUUACUCCUCAGGAUAAAUUGGCGCUUAUCUCUGAGGAAUUGUGUAUUGGGUGUGGUAUUUGCGUUAAGAAGUGUCCAUUCCAAGCUAUUACUAUUAUUAAUUUGGCAAGCAACUUAGAAAGCCAAAUAACACACCGCUUUGGACCUAAUUCCUUCAAAUUGCAUAGGCUUCCUAUGCCACGACCUGGUGAAGUUCUUGGUCUUGUUGGGACAAAUGGAAUUGGGAAGUCAACUGCUUUGAAGAUUCUUAAUGGUAAAUUAAAACCAAAUCUGGGUCGUCACAAGGAUCCUCCUGACUGGACUGAAAUCUUGACUUAUUUCCGCGGCUCUGAACUUCAAAAUUACUUCACGAAAAUUCUGGAAGAUAAUUUGAAGGCUGUCUCUAAGCCCCAAUACGUUGAUCAAAUUCCAAAGGUUGUAUCAGGCUACGUAAAAAAUCUCCUCAACCGCAAGGAUGAUCGUGGCAAUCAGGACGAAAUCCUGGAAGUUCUGGACUUGAAAAGCUUGGUAGACCGUCAGGUCAGCGAGUUGUCUGGUGGUGAACUCCAGCGGUUUGCCUGCGCUAUGGUUUGUGUUCAGAAGGCUGAUAUUUACAUGUUCGAUGAACCAAGCUCCUAUCUCGAUGUCAAGCAGCGUCUCAAUGCCGCUAUAACUAUUCGCAAUCUGCUUGGAAAAACAAACUACGUUGUUGCAGUUGAACACGAUCUUUCUGUCCUUGAUUAUCUAUCAGACUUCAUAUGCUGCCUUUACGGUGUCCCCGGAGCCUACGGUGUUGUCACCAUGCCCUUCUCCGUUCGUGAGGGUAUCAACAUUUUCCUUGAUGGUAUGGUCCCAACUGAAAAUCUACGGUUUCGUGAUGCUCCCCUGAUUUUUAAGGUUUCAGAAACCGGUAAUGAGGAGGAAAUUAAGCGAUCGGCUAGAUAUGAGUAUUCUUCGAUGACAAAGACCUUAGGUUCUUUCAAACUUGAAAUUCAGGCUGGCGCUUUCACAGAUUCCGAGAUAAUUGUGAUGCUUGGCGAAAAUGGCACUGGGAAAACCACAUUCAUACGGAUGCUUGCCGGUAACCUUAAACCCGAUGACGGGGCGAAAAUGCCUUCUUUGAACAUUUCCUACAAGCCUCAGAAAAUUAGUCCAAAGUCGGAGAAGACUGUGCAAAAUUUGCUCUACGAAAAGAUGCGUGCUGCUUUCACCCACCCGCAGUUUGCCACGGACGUGCUGAACCUGUCAGGCGGUGAGCUGCAGCGUCUUGCCAUUACGCUGUGUUUGGGUCAACCUGCCGACGUGUAUCUGAUAGAUGAACCUUCGGCAUACUUAGACUCCGAGCAGCGUCUGCACUGCGCAAAGGUCAUAAAACGUUUCAUCAUGCACGCCAAGAAAACCGCAUUUGUCGUUGAACACGACUUCAUUAUGGCUACUUACCUGGCUGAUCGUGUCGUCGUAUUUGAGGGCACUCCGGGAGUUCAUGCUGUGGCUACUAGUCCACAGAGCAUGGUUUCCGGAAUGAAUAAAUUUCUGGAGGCUCUGAACAUCACCUUCCGUCGUGAUUCUCGUAACUGUCGUCCACGCAUCAACAAACUAAAUUCUGUGAAGGAUGUAGAACAGAAGCGGUCUGGGAACUAUUUCUUCCAUGAAGAUUAG